UUUUACGCCAUUUGUACAAUUGUAACUGACAUGUCCAUGAAUGCAGUUUAGACAAAUUCACUGGGGUAUCACAUUUGAAAAAUAUUAGAAGAAAACAUGCGAUUGCACAUGAAUAAAACAGAAUCAGUAGACAUGAAAAUGACUGAGGCGGGAGUUAAACCAGAACUAUAUUCAGCAGUUUAGACAAGACAGGAUAAGAUGAAAUAGUUUGUGUAAUAUUACCAACUAUAUGAUAAAAACAUCAGGAACAAGUUUAUGAUCAAAAGAGAAAGAAAGCUGCAUAAUGGCACACAUUUGCAAACAAAGAGAUGGCAGUGAAAAUUUGUUAAAUUGUAUAAGUGGCAUUCGGGAUACGCACCUGAAUGUUUAUAGAUGUGGUGGUUGUAACACUAUAUUUGAAACAAUAUGUGUCUUGCAUACACAUAUGCAGAGUCACACUAGUGGAGGCUCCUAUCAUUAUAACCAUUUCUUCUCGACAGCUUUUCCAAAAUAUGGCUGCUCAUGUAUUGGAAGUCAGACCGAUUUUGACAGUGGUAUUGUCCAGCGCACAAGUACAGGUUCACAGACAGAUUUAAAUGGUAAUGACAUAAAUGAUAUUUUACUCCCUCAAUCAAAUACUGACAGUAACAAAUAUUAUGUAUCAGGAGGUUUCAACAGUUUAGAAAAAAGUGAGAAUAAUGAAUUAAAGAAUAAAGCUAAUCAUGUGAAAUUGGAGAUAGGACUUGGUUGCUUGCAAGAUGAUACAUCAGCUUACACUGAAGAUAUUUCUGUUUCUAGUGUAUCUUGUGAAGAAAUUGGAAUUGAAAAUGAGAAUACCGAGUCAAGAGAAGAACAAAGGAUAAAGAUUGAAAGGAAUAAUGCAAACAAAAUAGAAAGCAUUGAUGAAGUUGUUGAAGACCAAAGAGCGCACCUUGGAGAUGGUGCUAAUGAUGGUUGUUACAAAAGUUCCACUGAUGGCAAAAGAUAUGUAUCUGGGUAUAAUUCAUUAUUAAGAAGACAGACGGGACAAAAUAGGGCAAGACUUAUUGAAGUUGCUGCAGAAGAAUCAAAAGAAAUGGAAGAAAGAGUCAGAGAUAAUGUAGAUAGUGUAAUGGAUGAAAAUUUCUAUAUUAAGUGCCAAAUUUGUGAGAAGCAGGUUAGUUCUUCAGGUGAUUUGAAAAGGCAUAUUGAAAGUGUGCAUUCCAAAGAAAGUGGUAAAGGUAUAUGUGAUUACCCAUGUAAAUACUGUAGUUUUAACUUCAGGUCUAAAAAGGAAUUACUGAAGCAUAUUAAAAAUGACCACAGUGAAACUGACAAGAAAUUUUCUUGCCCUUAUUGUGAAGAAGAAUUUCUGACUAGCACUACAAAAACAACGCAUAUGGAAUCAGAGCAUCCUGAAAUCGUGCAGGUUUUAAAGAAGUUCCACCAAUCAAAGAACACUGAUUCUCAUACUGCCUGUGAUCUUUGUGGCAAAAUAUUUUCUACUGCUGCUGGCUUAGCACUCCACAUGUCUUCCAUUCAUUUAAAGAAAAAGUUUAAAUGUGAUAUUUGCAAUGUGGAAUUAUCUCAGAAAUUUACAUUGAAGGCUCACAAAAUUGAGAAACACCAUGAAGAUAUGCGUGGAUUUGACUGUAAUAUAUGUAAGAAAACAUUUGCAUAUAGAUUUAGACUAAAAGCUCAUAUUGAACAAAUGCAUACGCCACAUGACGAAACAGGUAAUAAAUACAUCUGUGAAACUUGUGGUUACUUUUCAAAGACUAAAGCUGGUUUGAGGUACCAUUUAACAAAACAUGAUGAUCAAAGAAAACAGUAUCAGUGCUCUGUAUGUCCUUACAAAACUUAUUACAAGUGUAGUAUGACUGAACACAUUAUUUCACAUCAGGGCAACAGGAGAUUCAUUUGUGAUGUUUGUGGCGAUAAAUUUUUUACAGGUAAGCAGUUGAAAGUUCAUAUGAGAAGGCACACAGGAGAGUUGCCGUAUCAAUGUGAAAUAUGCAAUAAAAGGUUCCGCACUGAUAUUGCAUAUGCUCGACAUAGGGAUAUUCAUUUGAACAAGAUGCGAUUUAAAUGUGAUUAUUGUGAUAAAGAAUUCGUUCAGAAGACCAAUUGUUUGGCUCACAUGAGACAACACACAGGUGAGAAGCCAUUCAAAUGUGACUGGUGUGGGCAGUGCUUUACCCAUAAUGUUAGCCGCAAGAACCAUAUGAACAAAUGUGUCUAUAAACCCCCUGUAUUGAAUCUCACAGAAGCAAGCUGAAUAUCUUGAUGUUAGAUGUAUCCAUGCAUUUGGUAAAUAUGCUAACUGAAAUCAGCCGUUGUCUGAUAAAGAGCAAUAUCCGUAAAAAGUUUUUACUUCGUGUACAUGAAUUUCAGAAACCUUAUUAACUGUUUACAGAUAUUUUAUUAUAUCUAUAGCCUAUUAAUGUGUUUCUUUGAAACAUUUUGUUUUUAUAUAAGUGCCAUUAUAUAUUAUUUUUGUCAGUUUCCAAGCUGUGAUUUAGUUAUGAGUUGAACAAUAUACUUAAAGAGUGUAUGUUAUUUCUUAUAUAUGUAUAUCUCGUCAAACUCGUAUAUUUUAGAUACAUUUACAAUGUUGUUAACUGAUAUUAUAUGUCCUAAUAUCUAAAGAAGUUUUCCUUUUGUUUUUCAGAGAUGAAUUUACAUUACAUUACAUGAUUUUUUGAUAUUUAAUGCAGCUCUUUAUGUCAAUUUCAAAUACCUAUAUAUACAUUACCCAGUUAUAUUAAAUUUUGCUUCUCUUGUAGACACAGAAUUAUAAAAACAUUUUCAACUAUCUUCAGUAUAUAACUGUACGCCCUUCCAGCUUGUUUCUAAAGACAUUUGUGUAGUAACAAUGUUACAGUACAGUAUUAUAAUAAUGAUUAUGCAGAAAAAAUUGUUACACUCUUAAGCUUGUCUACGGGUGAAACACAAUAUAGGGAACAGUAGUGUUGCACUUGGAGGUGAAAAAAUAAGUUCUUAAUUUUGGCAAAAAAAGUAUUUGUCUACAAAGUAGAGUGCUUGAAGUAUAAGCAACUUAAGUGGUUUGCUGGUAUUUGCAUCGGAAAUGUAAUUUUUAAAGGCUGAUAAAAUGCAUAUCUUUGCUGGUUACGGACACUACAAGUGGGACAAACACAUGGAAAUACAUAAUGCAAGGCAAAAAUAGGACUGAGAAAGGUAUAGAUACUGAAAAAAAGAAACAUAUUGUUGGAUAUUACCUUGUUGCUAAAAACAUGUAUAUUUCAAAUCAUCUGACAUCUUCAAUUUCAGUUUUAAUGAUGUAAACUUAAUGAAAAAUCAACACAGAUUCUGUCUUUGUUGAAACAAAAUGACUUAGAUUAAAGGGAAAGUGAUUAAUUUUCAAAAAAAUCCUAAAUAUUGAUAGAUACAAGUAAUUGGUUACGGACACUACAAUAAAGCCUCAAGAAUGGUUUUGCAUUAGAUUAUGUCGAAAACAUUAAAUCCACUCAUGAAUUAUUUGGUAUAAUGUUAAAAUGAUAUCUGAAUGGAAAGUGUAUUUAAAUUUGAUAUUCUUCAAACAGAAAUAUACAACUUGCCAAAUUAAAACCAAUGAAAAAGAAAACAGAAAAACAAAAUCUGAAAACUUCGUGUUUUCAUGAAAUCUUGUAACUUAACAAGCAAUAUUAGGUUCUCUAAGUGAUACAUUAUUAUCAAUACUUUGUAUUCAUAUCACACAACACUUACACUUAUUUUCUCAAGAAUGUCACUAACCAGAAAAAAGAAAUUAAAUUCAUGGUUAUGGACACUACAAUAUGAAUUAUCUAACAAAAGUACACAUAUCAAUAAUCUUUUUGUAACUUUUUUUUUUCAGAUUUUCUUGGUGUUGAAAAUGUAGCCCUAUUAUCAGUCAUAGUAGAUUCAUCUAUAAAUGCAACAACAUUGUCUCUUAUCUCCUAUGACAGAUCCUGUUUGUGCGGACACAUAAAUUUCUUUCUACUCUUUUUUUCCUUCGUCAUGUGAUUUUGAUAUUAGUUCUGCUUUCUUAACUAAUCUAGUUUUGAGUUACUCUUCUCUACUUCUUGUCGCUGUCUCUUUCUACAAUCUUUCUUUCUUUCUCUCUCAUUUUUCUUUUAAUUUUCACAUCGGCCUGGAUUGAGUUUCUGCCUUUCUUGCCAUUUAACCUCUUCUAACCUAUUCAGCAUUUUUGUGCCUUUAAAGUUUCAGCACUGCAGCUGCCUCAUCAGAUCAAAACUCUAUCUUAAUCACAAAUGCACAAUGAAAUCAGACAUACUUCUACUUUAUUAUAAAGCAAUUAAAUUGCAAUAUAAAUUUAGAUAUUAUAACCAUACGACACAGAUGUGCACACAUACACAUGCCAUUGCCCAUUCUCUAUAAAGCAAAAAUGAUCAUAACUGCCGCCAGUAAAAAUAUACUCGGAGAAGAUUCCUUCCCUUCAUCUGCACAUAAAGCUUGUUCAUCUGUUAAAGUUUGAAGCAAAUCAGGCUAAUAGUUUGGGAAUCGUUGACAGGAUUUUCCCCUAUCAUACUAUAUUCCAUAUAGCAAAAAUUAUCAAAGGGCCAUAACUAAAGUAAAAACAGUCAUGGAAAGAAUUUCUCCCUUUACGGUCAUCUGAUCAAGCUUGUUCAUCCGUGAAAGUCUGAAACAAAUCAGGCUUCUAGUGUUGGAGGAGUUGGACACAUAAAAAUGUUUCUCUUUAUUCCUUAUGAUUAAACAGAAACUAUCAAAGGGCCAUAACUGUAGUAAAAUAGUCACAAAAAAAAUUCAUCGCUUUAAUGUAAUAUACACAUCUUGAGCUUGUUCGUCUGUGAAAAGUUUGAAUCAGGCUAAUAGUGUGAGAGGAGUUGGACACAAAAGAUUUUUCUAGAUAUAUUUCUAUAUAAAAAUAUCAUAGUAUCAUAACUGUGGUUAAAAUAAGUCGCUGAGAAAUUCCUUCUUUUAUGGCUAUCUACACAUCAAGGUUGUUCAUCUAUGAAAGUUUGAAGCAGAACAAUCUAAUGGUGGGAGGAGUUGGACACACAAGAUUUUGAACGAACUGACGGGCGUACAUACAAAGAGCAGCAACACUAUAUGCCCAUCACAUAAAUAUAAAAUCUCAUCUAAAUGAAUAUACAUGUACCUGUCAUCACAUGGUCUGUACUUAGUACUUCUUGAAGAGAUUUUUCUUUCAUUUGCAAGUUUUUAGAUUUUACUUUUAAUCAUAAAUACUUGUAAAGAUUUAUUCACUUGAACUGUAAUAUGUAUAAUAAUCCAAACAGAAAUUUCAGUAAUACUGGAUGUUUUUUUUGCAUUGUUUUAAUUUCUGUAGUGUCCGUAACCAGAUAACACCGCCCCUCUGAAACAUUUUAAAAAGAAACAUUGUAAGCUACAUGAAUUUGAAUUAUCUUAACAAUGAUGCUCCUGAAGAAAUUUGUCUAAGUGAAUAACUGUUAAUUAUCAUUAUCACAUCUUUACAUUUUUAAUAUAAAUCAGUGCAAUUUAGAUGAUAAACAUGAUUUUUAGCACUUUUGAACUGUAUCUAUAUUUUUAUAUCUGAAAAUAUUUGUCAACAAAUACAUAUAUUUGUUUUUUUUUCUCAAUAUUAAUAAACUUUGAAAUGAUAAUUUUUCAUUUUUCUGUAAAAAGAUGCAAGUUUUAAUUUUUUCAGCUCUGGUUACGGACACUACAGUUUCAAGUAGCAUUACUAAGUAGACAAAAUUUACCUUUUAUAGUGAAAUUAUUAAUAGACUUUAUUAAACUUGUCAUCAGUGAACCUUUUAAAUUGAAAAAAGUAGUGAUCCUUUAUCUCUCAUCGCUUCAAUGUUUGCUAUGACAUCUUUCAAUUUCAUGCUGCAGCAACAGAAAAUGAUGCUGUAUAUAGAAAUGCCUCAAUAAGGGUUUUCCAAUGUGGUUGCAACAUCAACAAGUUGAUGAAAAAUAAAGUUGAUUAAUUAACUUGUAAAAUCAUUUAUUACUUUCAUAAGAGGAGCCCGCCCGCUUAGCUCAGUAGGUAAGAGCGUUGGUCUACGGAUCGCGGGGUCGCGAGUUCGAUCCUCGGGCAGGGCGCAUGUUCUCCGUGACUAUUUGAUAAACGACAUUGUGUCUGAAAUCAUUAGUCCUCCACCUCUGAUAAUUCAUGUGGGGAAGUUGGCAGUUACUUGCAGAGAACAGGUUUGUACUGGUACAGAAUCCAGGAACACUGGUUAGGUUAACUGCCCGCCGUUACAUGACUGAAAUACUGUUGAAAAACGGCGUUUAAUCCAAAACAAACAAACAAAUACUUUCAUAAGAAUAGCUAUAAAUAAAAUUUUAAAAAAUGUUUAUUUACACCAUUGGAAGACAGGUUACGGACACUACAGGGUUUUUGUAGUGUCCGUAACCAUAUUAGUGGUGCUACAGCAAAAAUGUAGUUAACAAUAAAGGAAAUAGCAUAAAAAUUUAAUGUCAACAGUUAAAUUUGAUAAGAAAAAAUCAAUAAAGACUCUCAUAAUAUCUUACAAAUCUAUAAAAUACAAUUGGUUACGGACUCUACAUCAUUUCAUAAAAACCUGAUUUUCAAUUUUAAAAAUUCAUACAAAUAAAUUUCAGAAAUACAUGAUUUUGAUUUUUUUUCUUUAAGUACUGUUACAACAGAGAAAUGAUUCUGGACCAAAAUAUUAAAAAAAAAAUAAUGUUAACAUUGCAAUUAAUCAUUAUAACAAAAGGAGGAAUUUCAGUGAAAAACUGCAUAACAUCUUACCCAUUUCACAUUUUUCUCGACAGCUUCAACAAUUUUCAUCUGAUCAUGAUAAAUCAAACACCAUAAUAAUCCUUAAAAAAUUGUCUUUAUGCUGAUAACACACAUUUACAUGGAAAUAUAUAAUAUCAUACCAUUAUUUUAUUUGGAAAAUAUGGAAAAUUCUAAGUGCAACAACAUAACGCUUCAAAAAUGACUUUUUCUAGAUGCGUUUUUUGCCACUGCUUGAAAACUAUUUGAGCUUGAUCAAUAAAAUUUGGCACAGAACUUCUUCGUAUUUAGUGUUAUGAAGUGUAAAUGUUAAAUUGCAAUAAAGGGUUAGGAAAUUUUUGAAAACCAUGUAUAACAAUGCGAUAUUCUAAAUGCUCCCUAUAUUGUGUUUCACCCGCUACUUAAUGCAAUGUUAAAAUUAAGCUACUUGCCCACAGUUUGGUGAUAUUUUUCACCAUGUUCAUUUCCACCAAGUUUGGCAUAGAAUGUAUAUGUGACAAUGAAAAAUGAUCAAGUGGGUGAAAAUAAGUUAGAUAUUUGUAAAAUUGAAAGAAGAAUGUAAAUUUCUCUGCAUUAUUUCAAAAGCGUUGCAACGGUUUACUACCUUCUGCACAAUGAUUUUAGUUACUAGUAUUUAUAAGAAUAUCUUGCAAAAAUCUUACGUUAAUAAGUUUGUACCACUAGUCACUUUCAGAGUACUCAUUUUCAUUGAUUUUUGAGAGAUUUUUUUGCCUAAAAUAUGUGGGAUAGUCCCUUUAGGGCCUUUCUAGCUCGUGUGAUUUUUGAAAAAUAUACAAAGUAUUGUCGUCGCUUGAUCGUCGGCGUCGGCGUUGGUAUUUUUUUGUUUAGGUCCACCUUUUCUCAAAAUCUGUAAGGGCUAGAGCUUUGAAACUUUGCACACUUGUUUAUCAUCAUUAGAUGAUAGGUCAAGAACCAUAACUAUAAUAUGCAUUUUGUAUGUUAUGACCCUUUUUAUACUUAGAAAUUCUGAACUAUAGCUCCUUUCUUACAUACUGUCCAGCACUUGCAGACGAGCGAUGUCACCCGUAGACGGUGCUCUUGUUAAACUUAGUUUAGCUUUAACAGGUCCUACCAGUGCUUUUUUUUCAGGCCAGUUUGGGCCCCAAUACCAAUGGCAAAAAGUAUGUCUUUUUCUAAUUUCAGAGUUAAAAUUCCCAAAGGUAAAAAUAAAAAAAAGCAUUCUUACUUUUUCAACCAAUAAUUGUAACAUUUAAAAAAAAAUAUGACUAUUAACAAUUCCCAAUUUAGCUGUUUUACGACGCAUAUUUCCAAAUUGUGAAGGCCCCGGUCCCAUUCCCAAAUCAGUGGGGAAAAACACUGCAUACUUAAUGUUGUUAUCAUAUGUAUUGAUGCUUAAUAAAUUGUUACUGAAUUUUGCUA